AUGGUGGAUGGGAAGGCAGGAGAGGAGAAGCCUGAGAAGCCGCAGCGAGCCAGAGCCGCCGGAGGACCUGAAGAAGAAGCAGAAAAACCUGUGAAAACUAAGACUGUUUCUAAUGGAGGGGAAAGUUCCAGUCGCAGCACUGAAAAGCGAUCAGCUGCAGACGAAGCUGCAGACCUCCCAACAAAGCCUACAAAGAUGUCCAAGUUUGGAUUUGCCAUAAGUAGUCAGACAGCAAGGAAAGCAUCCGCCAUCUCCAUUAGACUCAGAGCAAACAGUGAGCCAGAAGAAAUGCCUCCAGAAGCAAAGAUGAGCAUGAAGAAUAUUGGAAGGGACACACCAACAUCAGCCGGACCAAACUCCUUCAAUAAAGGAAAGCAUGGCUUUUCUGAUAACCAGAAGCUGUGGGAGCGAAAUACAAAAUCUCAUCUUGGAAAUGUCCAUGACCAAGACAAUUAA